AAGGCUGUCCACCUGUGUUCUCCCUGGUAGCUCCAAGAUGUUGCUGCCUUUGCUGGUGCUCUCUGUGGCCGCCUUAACCCUGCCUGGGGCUCAUGGAGACCUCGGUGGAGACGCUCCUCAUCCGGGGAACAUGUUGGGUGCCCGAACGACGCUGUCCACCUCAAGCUCCGAAGUGAAGGAAGUUGCCCAGAAGGCCGUGGAAAUCUUCAACCAGGCCAGCAACAGCGAGUACUUUUUCAAAGGCAGCAAAGUCAUCAAGGCGGAGAAGCAGCUCGUGACUGGCAUCAAAUACUUCCUGACUGUGGAGAUGGGGAGCACGGAGUGUAGGAAGGACAUGGUGACUGGAAGCAAGUUGAGCUUGGCUGGUUGCCCCUUUUCUGCAGAAGAGGAGAAAGUGCAGUGCGAAUUCGAGAUGCUGGUGGUUCCCUGGAGAAACGAAACCACCCUUCAGAAGACUUCAUGUACCCCCAUCUAAGAAGGCCCGGCCCGGCCCGGCCCACAAGGGGCUCAUGGGGCCAGGAAGAGGGUGCUGGGAUGGGGGGCGGGGGGCAGGCUCAGGGUGGAGGGAUCUUCUGAGGCUCUGGU